UAUUAUAGAAUUUCCCUUUCACUUGAUUUGUUUCGGUUUGAUUUAGAGAAACUUUGUUUCUAGAGAAAUAAAUUAGAUUGCCCGAACGUCCUGAGGCGUAGAGAGUGGAGAAGAGGAGGCGUCAGUAUCACCAUGCUUCUCUUUGGAAGUAUACACUUACCGCUCCCGUUGAUAGUCGUGCUAGCUUCGCUGGUGACAGCCCAACAGUACCCAGAGCAGUACCAAGUGCACGACGAUGGUGAUUCGUCAUCAGCAGCAGUCUCUUCGCCAAGAGUCCCCGAUUUCAGCAAAUAUUAUGCUUCAGAGACAUCUCCCGGCGGCCAGAAAUCUGCAGCUGCUGCUGAAGAGGCUGGCUUUGUGCGCCCAAUAGACUUCUCAGCCCUCUUCGGAGCCACUAAUGUUGGGUUUGGUGGCGAUGCUGCAGGUUCGAGUCAAGUCUUUCGUCCUGCGAACUCAGAUUUGAACAAUUUUGCUCUGCCACUAUCGAAUGCAGCAAGUGUCUUCCCUGCAGAACUAGAAGGCAGUGCUACAACAAAGAAUAGUGACGUUGGGUUCACUAGUCCAAAUGUGAAGUUCCAGUCCCUUUUUGAUGCAUCUGGUUCCGCAACAGAAGUUGGUUUCCGGCCCCAAGAUUUCCUGAAGCCCCCAGGAGGCGAUAAGGCAUCAGAAGAAAGCUCUCCUGCAACUACUUCAGGCUUCUUCUCGCCAUCUUUUGCGAAGUUAGACGGCGAAUACAAUGUUCAUCCAGGACCACAGUAUUCUCACUAUGCCUUGCCAGCAGCUGCCGAGCAGCGUCCUAAUAAAUCAGCGUACCGUGCUUCAUCUGAAUCAGAAGAAGAGGAUUCGCCCACGUACGCUCCUGCAACUUCAAAGGAGAGUUACGAUGAGAAGAAAAGUUACAAAGCAUCCCCCACAGAGGAAUACUCCUUUAAGCCUACCUACAAAGCCAAAGUUCCUGAGUACAUCGAAGGGAAAUCAAGCUACGCCCCGUCUGCAGAUAAAUAUGUCUACAGACCUAUUUACGGCCCUCCGUCCCAAGAUCGCACAUCUUCAAGCGAGGCAGUAAAAUCUGCAUACGUGCCUUCUGCUGAUUAUUACACAAGUAAGACCAAUUAUCGUCCCUCUCCAUCAGAACAUCAGCAAAGAAGUAAACCAAUCUACUCUUCACCACCUCCCCUCGAUAUUUAUGGAAAAUCUGCUUCAUACCUACCAGCAUCUACAGAGCAGCGUGAGGAAAAGCCGCGUUAUUCGUCCCAUGUAGAUCCUGAUGUUAUAUAUGGCAAGAGUCUGCCACCUACAUACCAGCCAUUGUCGUCAGAACCACACCAAGGAAAAUCCAGCUAUCCUGUGACUUAUCCUACGGCUGUGUAUAAUGACAAGUACAUAUCGAAGCCAUCUCCAUCAUCUCAGUCAAAAUUCUAUAGCAGUACAACAAUUCCAUUUAGCACCGGAAAACCUUCAUCUCUUCCGAACGCUAAAUCUGCUACUCCGACAGCUGGGAGCCCUAGUAACAAACAAGAAUCUUAUGAAGACGAACCUGCCGGACACGGACCCCCAGAAUAUGCGCCGUCAGGCACAGCAACUGACAAGAAGAAGUGUAAGAAAAUUAACAAAAAGCUCACUGCCGAUGACGUUGCUAAAGGGCGGUUCCGUCGCGAUGCUAUGACUUGCUACGAAUGCGAAGACCCCAAAACAGGGGGGACCUUUGAGCAGUGUGCGUACUCGACAGAGCCAAAUGCAAAGUCAUAUUUCGUUGGGCACGCCCAGAAAUAUAGCACAAAUUCUGGCACAAAGCCAACCAGCUACCGGUAUCGUAGAUACCUCAGUAACGAUCCAUAUGGGCUUGAUGAGGAGGGAGAGGAAUUAGUUGCUGCAGAGUCGCAUUCUAGAGUUGCUCGUCAAGGUUAUGGUUACGAAUAUGGUGCCUCUGGAAGCGACGGUAAGAAAGGGGAUUAUCACUACGACCCAGAAUACUUCACUAGCAGCAGUGAUGAUUACACUGAAUACAAGCCAUCAGGAACCAACAUAGAUCAAAAGAAUUGCAAGACAACAAAGAAGGAUACCAUGACCUGUAUGGUGUGCAAAGAUCCUAAGACUGGUGGCUCUUAUGAACAAUGUUCAUAUACUGCAGAACCGAAAAAAAAUAACUACUUUGUGGCACAUGAAACUUCCUUCAACUCAGGAAAUAAGCAACCGUAUACUGAGAAACACAGCGAGUACAAAUAUCCUCAUGGGAGCUCAAGUUCAGAUGAACCUCAUUCUCGACAAGUUCGACAGGAACCUUCUCCGAGAAUCAAGAAAGAGAAGUUGAAGAAGGCUAUAGGCAAGAGUAAUGUUAAUAACAAGUAUGACAGCCCGUACGAAUUUUCUGCUAGUACAAUAAACAGACGUGAGGCAAAGGAAGAAAAGAAGGGUGGAGUAGGAUUGGAUCCUUUCUUGUACGGUGAACCGGAGCCGUACGAUCCAAAAGCUUCCGAGAAGGAAGCAGAAGAAACAGAACAGCAAGAUUCAUACUUUCCGGGAGGUAAAUCCUAUGACGAAUAUUUCCGACACCUCUUCCCCGAGUUACAUGACGGGGGUAAGGAAAGCGCCAGCAGCGACUCCGAAAGCUAUGACUACCCUUCUUCCGCCAAUACAAAGAACGAGAAAACUGUGACACCUGGAUUCGAAUAUAAACCUAGUCUUCCUGACUACUUUACCGACAACGAACAGAAGAAAGAUCUCGAGAAAGUUCUGGGAGAAUUCACUCAAAAGGACCGCUCCGCGUGCAAGAAAGUGGUUAAGGACAAGAUGACGUGUUACAAAUGUGUGGAUAGCAAAGGAAUGCAGCAUGAAGAGUGUAUGUUUGUGGCGGCGUCCGAGCCCAAGAGUUCUCAUCUGGCCUAUCACGAAGUGAAGGAGUACAGGUUAGUUCCUCCACCGGGUGUGCCCGACGGGAAGGGGUCUCCUGCUGCAUCUCUUCCCGUAGCAGCUGAUUCCGUUUCUUCUUCCUCCUCUGACAUUACCAAGACUAGCGACAAAUCUUCAACAGCUACGGACAAAGUUACAAAAACUGUAGUGACAACUACCACCCCAAAACCUAAACGGAAAACCUUUUUUAAGAAAGUGACGACUUCAACUUCUGCAACUCCAGUCGCUGACAGCAAAUAUGGAGAAACUUCUAAAGUUGAGAUCCUUAAGGUAAUGCAGAAACCUACUAAGCCUCUUUCCUCUUCUUCAUCAUCUGAGAAAUCUCCUGCUGUUGCCGUCAGAUUAACGCGCAGGUCCUCUAGGACUUCGGUUCACACAACAACUACCACUCUUACAACACCCGAACCGCCUCGUAAGAAACGGAAACUGUCAAAGAAGGCCGUUAAAUAUGAUUCAGUACCAGCAGCUAGUGAGACCAGUGAGAAGAAGGUUCCGGCUACAAAAUCCAGUGUAAUUCCUCCAGAGCCAGAACUCUCAGCCUCUGACCUGAGUCCUGAUGGAUAUUACAGCGCGGAGACCAAGACGAAAUUUGACCCAGUUCUGAAAGUCACUCUUCCGGAGUACAUGUUGACACGUUCCGAACAUGAGGCCAUCUUUGACGAAGUGAUGGCGUCUGGACGCAGACGCUGAGACAACACGUAGACACAGACUGCGACCUAAACAACUUUCUGCCCCGAGGUCUGAGAUUCACAGAUUUCUGAGCGGACUUACAUCCACAUCAUCACAUCACCAGUUAACAUGAAAACUUCUCAUUGCUUUGAGUCACGAGGUUUUGGUGAAUGAUGAGACAAAUAAAGAAUCUUAUAUCACAAUACACACAGAACGUCUUAUUAACCGAUCAGACCCUGCUGAGUAUCAAGACAGAUUGUCGCCAACCUUCCAGUUUUGUAUUUCUUUUGAUUAUAUGAAAGAGAUAUACAAAAAUGUUGGUAUUGCAGUUCUCUGCUGGUAUUGCGCUAACAAAUCAACACAUAUGAUUAUGACCAAUAAAGGCCACAGUUCAGCUGCAAUUUGGAGAAAAAGAGACACAAUGAGCCGGUCACUUUGCAGAGUGUUUAGAAGCUCAUUAGUGUUUGUACUUCAGCGGUUACUUGUUGAGAACCAAAGAGGGCCUAUUGAACUAUAAGUUGAUUGCAGAGUUUUACCAUAGGACAGCUGCGUUGUUGAUUUAUUUAUGUAUAUAAUUUGGACAAUGCACAAUAUUAUUUUCUUGCUUGA